CGCACUUCCUUCUCUCACCACGCACCCGCUGCAACUAUUCGAUUUCCAUCCCGGAGACCAGUUCUUGUCCAUCUGCCUCUCCCCUCCCCGCCACACCACACCACACCGCGCCUGCCCAUCCCGACCGAGCAGCAAAAUCUCUCGUCCGCAGCGCCUCGCCCUCGCCAAGUCCACUUGGCGGGUACAUCAGAAGGAGACAAGAAGCAUCAAAGCUUCCUGCGUCGCUUUGCCCAAGAGGGUCCUCAUCCUGGCUCGGGAGUAGGGCAAAGCUCUUUCUCCUUUGUUUGCCCAGCUUCAAACACGUUGUUGCUCAACUGGGUUUUUCUCUCUGCUCGGCUCUGUCUUGGUGGUAGAUAUUCCUGCCCCCCCAAGAUAUCGAAUGGGUACGUGCAUGUGCUAUAUUACACCAACUCCCUUCCCGUCGCAGCACAUACCUUUCCCUGUCUGCUGCUAGCAAUCUCCGCAAACACUUUGCUCAAACUGCGCACCCUUCCCGCGACGAUAUCCAUAUCAUGCCUGAAGACGGCGGCAUCAACGGCCGCGCAGACCCAAACGAAAGAACCGGGUUGCUCUCCCGAAUUACCACCACCGACUCGGGGACGCCCUUUCACAAGCAUGAAAAUGUCUGGAUCAAAUACCCUUUCCUCGUGCUACACUUGACCUGGGAGAUUCUCAAGACCAACUACGUCAAUGUCUUCUUGGUGUUUGUACCUGUGGGCAUCCUGGCGGGAGUGUUGGACUGGUCACCUGUGCUUCAGUUCGUUUUCAAUUUCAUUGCCAUCAUCCCAUUGGCGUCUCUCCUCGCUUUUGCCACGGAAGAGCUUGCCGUUCCUUUGGGCCAGACAAUCGGAGGGCUUCUAAAUGCGACAUUCGGAAACGCCGUCGAGCUGAUCGUGAGCAUCAUCGCUCUCCAAAAGAACGAGAUCCGCAUUGUCCAAGCUAGCAUGCUGGGCAGCAUCUUGUCCAAUAUCCUUCUCGUCCUGGGGUGCUGCUUUUUCGCCGGCGGCCUCAGAUAUCCCGAACAGAGCUUCAACUCCACCGUGGCAUCGACAAUGUCGUCGCUCAUGACGGUCGCCACCUCGUCAUUGAUCAUUCCCGCCACCUUGUACGCUGUCAUGUCCAACAACAAGGCACAAGAUGAUAAUAUCAUGAUUCUGUCUCGCGGGACGUCCAUCAUUCUACUGCUCAUCUACGUGGCAUAUCUGUACUUCCAACUCAAAUCGCAUGCGAACCUGUUUGAUGACUCUGAAGCGCAAGGGCAGGAGGGCGAGGAAGCUCAGCUUUUGGGGCCUUGGGCCGCCGGCCUUGUCUUGGUGGUCAUCACCCUCCUUGUCGCUGUCUGCGCCGAAUAUCUCGUCGGCAGCAUCGACUCCAUUGUGGAAGAAGCUCACAUUAGCAAAACCUUCAUCGGCCUGAUCUUGAUCCCCAUUGUCGGGAACGCCGCCGAGCACGUCACGGCCGUGAUAGUUGCGUGGAAGAACAAGAUGGACUUGGCCAUUGGAGUCGCCAUUGGAUCCAGUCUACAAAUUGCCAUCUUUGUCACACCUUUCCUGGUGAUAUUGGGUUGGAUUAUGAAUAAACCCAUGACGCUGCACUUCGAGACGUUUGAGACAGUCAGCUUCUUUUUGGCCUCAUUGGUCGUGGUGCUCUUGAUUCAGGACGGAAAGUCCAACUAUCUUGAGGGAUUGCUCUGCCUGGGCAUGUAUUUCAUCAUCGCAUUGGCGUUUUACGUCCUUCCGGACGACGCCGGCUCCGGCUUGAACUUGGGGAAACUCUUUGGCGGCAGCGGCAGCGGCAGCGGGUGAAAACUUUCAACAGCAGGGUUCUCACAGAGGUCCGGGAUAUGAAGAGGAGGGUAUUUCAAAGCAUCCUGCUCAAUUUCUUUUCUUUCUUGUAUUUUCAUUUGUGGAAGGCUUUUCUAUGGCAUGCCGCCAACGGUUGUAGCUCUGGGGCGAACAGAGCAACGGCAGAAGGGCGACGAGGAACAGUCGUCAAAUUUCGUGUCUCUUCGGGUUUGCACCUGCAAGGAUUCAAUCUAAACAGCAGGGAUUGAUCACAUGGCGUUGGGACGGAAUGGAAACAAAUCAUGGUCCUGUUGACUUGGAGGUUCACUCGAUACCCCGGUUUUCCACAAAAUUAUACUCGGUUCGGCUUUGGGGAGGGCCUAGGGUUUCAGCGUCUCAUAUGUAUAUGGCUUACUCUGAAAACACCACAGAUUGAACAAUAAAGACUUGAAACCUGCGAUUUGUACAUAUUCCUCUGUCCACCCAUAUUUUUUUGAAGCGGCAACAAUCGCCUGCCAG